AUGUUCUCCGGUGGGCGGCAAAACGUCUCGUGGUGGGCACCAUUGAGCGACAUCACCGCGUCCCGGUCUCUUGAGAGCAGCUAUUACACGGAUGGUUCGACUGCACUGUUGCAUUGCGUCGUCGGACCGUUCCUGUACGACCUGGUGGAUUCUUCAAACCAAUUCAGCAACCAAAGAUGGGCGGUCGAAGCGGCGAUAUCCACAAUCCACCAAGCGCUCGAUAGAGGCCUGGAUGUGAAUGGUCGAGACUCGGCACACCGAACACCGUUGAUGGUCGCCUGCCGCCAGCCAGCCCACGUGGAUGUACGAAAGGUGAUCAAGGCUCUCCUCAGCCGCGGCGCCGACGCGAAUGCCGUCGAUAUAGACGGAUGCACGGCCCUGCAUCAUGCGACGGGUUCCUGGGAGACCGUCCGGGCAGGCAGAGAAUGGAGGUUCCUGCACGAGCACACCUGCCGAUAUCAGGCACUCCUGAACCACGCGCCGGAUGGUAUUGAACCCAACGUGCGGAACGAGGCCGGAAGGACGCCCCUGGUGAUGCUCGUCGAGUCGCGGAUUGACCCCCCUCGGGACGAAUACAGCUAUCACGGUUUUCGAUGUUACGCUAGUAGGGAAGACCGCGAGCGUGCGCUGAUCAAGCUCUUGCGCCACGGCGCGUCCGUCCAUGGCACGGUGGCAUAUGGCCGCUGGGAGGGCGGUACGUUGUUGCAUGUCGCCUGUGACAACACCGAUGCCCGCAUGCUAAAGGUGCUCCUAGCGCAUGGUGCAGCGGCCGACGUCAACACGGCGAUACCCGACGGCCGUAAGCCAUUGGAUGUAACGGCCGGCCCCGAUACACGGGGUGUCGGUGGCUAUACACCGCUGAUGGUAUUGGCCGCAGCCCUCGCCGAAGGGAGGCACGCCAGGUUCGAGUUCAUCGCGAUGAAAGAGCUCCUUCUCCGAGCCGGAGCCGAUCCCGGCAUUCGAAAUACCCUCGGCCAGACAGCGUGGGGCCUGUUCUUCGCCAAGAAGCAAACCUAUUGUCGUUGGGUAUGGGAAUUUUACCUCGACGGGCUGAGAGUUGAGGAGUAG